UCUAUACAUUAGUCAGUUCAAAAUGAGAGUUUUAGAGACGUUACUGGUGCUGGUGUUUGGCCUCAGCUAUACAUCCUCUAAAUGGAUAAAAAAAUACGUAGAAAACUACCACCGACCGACUUAUUAUAACAAGGGACACAGUUCCUUGGAUCACGUAGAUUACAAUCGAACUGCUUUGGAGGAACGAGACCAGCAUCCUGUGGAGGAGCAGCAUGCCCAAGAGCCCUUUGAUGCGCUGAGGCAUCAAAGCUUCUAUAUAUCUGUUCUACACCACGGAUCUGUCAUAUGUGCGGGUGCACUGAUCUCCCACCGAAUGGUGAUCACCUCGACUGUUUGUUUUCGAUCACCCGUGAGGGACAACACAUAUGAGUACAAGGCCGUUCACCUGUCGGUUUUGGCGGCCAUUGACAUGGUUCCAUUCAGGGAGACAAUGCCACACCAGGUUAUCGGAUUUUAUAUGCCCGUCAACAAAAACAACAAGGAAGUCAGUCACAUUUGUCUUCUGGGCCUGAACCAAAAGCUUGGUCCCCGAUACCGCUACAUCUCGCUUUAUAGAAGGAUACCGCAGCAAAGGGACGAAGUAACCCUGACCUAUUUAGGUGCGGCUACGCGUCGGCUGAAGUACUUCAACACAUCCGUUCUGAACUUUGAUCGGUGCAAAGUCUACUUCGACGCCCUCGACUUCUUCGACGUGCACACAUACCAUCCGGACUACAUAUGUGUCCGCAACAGGCGGCACACCAAGAAGACCACGUGCAACACCCGCCCGGGGGAUCCGUUAGUAAAAGACAAUCAGCUGGCCGGGAUAAACAUCUUUGGAGAACGCUGCGAGCUGGACGACGUGGUCAACAUGGACAUAUAUUUGCCAAUCCGACCGGUGGUUCCGUUCAUCCAACUGGCCACGGACGCCUUGCGGGCUUUCACCGGCACAGGUCCUUACAAUGAGACCGCAAACCCACCCGAAAUGUCGCCUUUGGUUAAGUCCUUAAAAGAGGGGAAGCCCAUGGUUUGGGCUGCAGACGAAAAACAUUCAUAAAUUUAUUGCGUAUAUUAUUGUAUACGUUUUCACGAAAUUUAGUUUUUCCAACAACUUCAUAUUUAAAUGCAAAGCUAUGUGGGUAUUAUUAAAGAGCAGAUGAUCUGAGUUUAAAAUAAAAAAUAAUUUUCCA